GCCCGGUAACCCCCCCUCCUCCUCCCCCCUCCCUCUCCCCUCCACAGAAGUCGAGGAGCAACGGACAGAAACAGGAAGAAGACGAAGAAGACAGAAACAUCGGCACCACAAUGGCUUUGCGCAGGAGACUAAACAAGGAGCUUGAAGAAAUCCGCAACUGUGGGGUGAAAAAUUUCCGCAACGUUCAGGUGGAUGAAUCGAAUAUUUUGAGCUGGCAGGGGCUGAUUGUUCCCGACUGUCCUCCGUAUGACAAAGGGGCAUUUCGGAUUGAGCUCAACUUCCCGGCGGAGUAUCCGUUCAAACCACCGAAGGUCACCUUCAAGACAAAAAUCUACCACCCCAACAUCGACGAGAAGGGCCAGGUCUGCCUGCCCAUCAUCAGCGUCGAGAACUGGAAGCCAGCCACAAGAACCGAACAAGUGAUCGAGAGCCUCAUCCAUCUGGUGACCUUCCCUCAGCCGGAGCAUCCGCUGAGGGCCGACCUGGCGGAGGAAUACAGUAAAGAUCGCGUGAAAUUCAUGAAGAACGCCGAGGAGUUUACAAAGAAACACAGUGAAAAGCGACCCGUUGACUGACACUGACACUUCUUCUUUGUUGGCGUCUUUUCUUUUUUGUUUUGUUCUUUUUUUAAUUUUAUUUCUUACCAUGACUCUCUGUUCUUAUCCCCAAAACUACACAGAGAUGCCCUCCUGUUCUCGCGUUCCUGCAUCGUUUUAGCACUCUCCAAAAAAAAAAAAACCUCACUCCUCCAUAGAGGCUUGUGUUUCUGUUUCCACUUUGCCAAAAAAAAUAAUAAAAAAUCCAAAAAAAAAAAAAAAGCAGGACUUUUUUUGGGGUGAAUAUGCAGGCUCUGGCCUCUAGGUGUCACCUUCUUCUUCUUCUUCUUUUUUUUUGGGUUGUUUUGACUUUCUACUGAUUUCUUUUUAGAAAAAAAGAGAGAAAAUUAUCAGAGGUGGCAUCCUGGAAAGUAAAAAUAAAUAUAAAAUGUAAAAAAAAAACAAAAAAAAAAGUGCUGUUCUGCUUAAUUAAAAUGUUGAAUGUUUUUCUCAGAUUAAUCGUUUAGCUUACUCGGACCUGUUUACAAAUUAUUGUUUUUUAAAAAUCUUUUUAUUUUCAGAAAAGUUCACAGCAUCCAGCAGUGCUGUCAGUUUCCUUUCUGCUCCCACCCUCCCCUCCUUUAAGAUACACUGUACUUUGUGAAAUCACCUGUUGCAGGACAAAAUUUAAAAAAAAAAAAAAGUUUGUUACUAACGCAGAGCUCCACAUGUAAACACAGAAAUUUAUGAAAAUGCAAAUAUUCAUGUGUCCUUUUCAGAUGUUUUUUGUAUUCUUGAGAUGUUUGUGGGGAGGGGAAGGUCUCUUCUGAUUAAACUACUUCCACCUCUGUCAAGCCUCCCGGGACAGUACCGUUAUAUUGACAUGAAUCUACACGCACUUCCCUUUCUUUUAAAAUUCAGCUGUCUCCUCUGUCACAUUCAAGCACUCAGCAUUAAAAAAAACAAACGAGAGAACAAGCUGAUAUUUUUCAUACUAAGCCACACACAGAGCACUUACUGGUUUAAAGCACUUCCACCCCGCGGCCCGCCCGAAAUGGUUGAAUUGGCUUCUCCUCAUUUAAUAAAUCACAUUAUUCCGAUUAUAGCUAACAAAUGGUAGCACACCAGCACAUUCUACGGCCGUGACACAUGUAAAGGAAACACAUCCAGCUGCAGGUGGAGGACAGGUGGUUGUUAAUGAAUAAAGAUUUGCUAUGGAUGCUUAAUCAAA